UGACUGAGUCUGUGUGAGGGAGCGAGUGUGUGUUUGUGUGUGAGGUACUGAGGUGAGGUGGAGACCAGAAAAGAGGCUCCUUCAGGAGCGAGGGGCGAAGGGAGAGUGAAGGAUCUAGGCUGCGGGACCCGGCGACAGGAAGCUGCCCCCAGCCGGGCUACCGGGCCAGGGGAAAGGGAAUGCCCAAUUCAGAGAGACAUGGGGGCAAGAAGGACGGGAGUGGAGGAGCUUCUGGAACUUUGCAGCCGUCUUCCGGAGGUGGCAGCUCCAACAGCAGAGAGCGUCACCGUUUGGGGUCGAAGCACAAGCGGCAUAAGUCCAAGCACUCCAAAGACAUGGGGUUGGUGACCCCCGAAGCAGCAUCCUUGGGUACAAUUAUCAAACCUUUGGUGGAGUACGAUGAUAUCAGCUCUGAUUCCGACACUUUUUCUGAUGACUUGGCCUUCAAAUUAGAUCGAAGGGAGAACGAUGAACGUCGUGGAACGGAUCGGAGUGAUCGCCUGCACAAACAUCGUCAUCACCAGCACCGGCGUUCCCGGGACUUACUAAAAACUAAACAGACCGAAAAAGAAAGAAACCAGGAAGUCUCCAGCAAGUCAGGAUCGAUGAAGGACCGGAUAUCAGGGAGUUCCAAGCGCUUAAACGAGGAGAAUGAUGACUAUGGGAAGGCACAGGUAGCCAAAAGCAGCAGUAAGGAAUCCAGGUCAUCCAAACUUCAUAAGGAGAAGACGCGGAAAGAACGCGAGUUGAAGUCUGGACACAAAGACCGGAGUAAAAGUCAUCGGAAAAGAGAAACACCCAAAAGUUACAAAACAGUGGAUAGUCCCAAGCGCAGAUCCAGGAGUCCCCACAGGAAAUGGUCUGACAGCUCCAAACAAGAUGACAGCCCCUCAGGAGCUUCUUAUGGCCAAGACUACGACCUUAGUCCCCCGAGAUCUCACACCUCCAGCAAUUAUGAUUCCUACAAGAAGAGUCCUGGAAGUACCUCAAGAAGGCAGUCUGUAAGCCCGCCUUACAAAGAGCCUUCUGCCUACCAGUCCAGCGCCCGCUCACCCAGUCCCUACAGCAGGAGACAGAGGUCUGUGAGUCCCUACAGCCGUAGACGGUCAUCCAGCUAUGAAAGGAGUGGCUCUUACAGUGGAAGGUCCCCCAGCCCCUACGGGCGAAGAAGAUCUAGCAGCCCUUUCCUAAGCAAGCGAUCUCUGAGUCGGAGUCCACUUCCCAGUAGGAAAACCAUGAAGUCCAGAAGCAGGAGUCCUGCAUAUUCAAGACACUCAUCUUCUCAUAGUAAAAAGAAGAGAUCCGGGUCUCGAAGUCGUCAUUCCAGUAUCUCACCUGUCAGGCUUCCAUUGAAUUCCAGCCUAGGAGCUGAGCUCAGUAGAAAAAAGAAGGAAAGAGCAGCUGCUGCUGCAGCAGCAAAAAUGGACGGAAAGGAAUCCAAAAGUUCACCUAUAAUUUUUCCUAAAAAAGAGAACAGUUCAGUAGAUGCUAAAGAUUCAGGCUUGGAGUCUAAAAAGUUACCCAGAGGAGUAAAAUUGGAAAAAUCUUCCACAGAUACUGAACUGGUAAAUGUAACACAAUCAAACACGGAGGUAAAAAAUUCUUUAGAUACAGGGAAGGUAAAAUUGGAUGAUAACUCUGAGAAGCAUCUUAUAAAGGAUUUGAAAGUACAGGGAACAAAAGACUCCAAAACAGUGCCAUCGAAAGAGGAGAUUGUUUCUCUAAAGGAAACAGAGACCUCAGAAAAGGAAACCCCUCCACCUCUACCCACAAUUACUUCUCCUCCUCCUCCUUUACCAUCUACUACACCUCCACCUCAGACACCUCCCCUACCACCUUUGCCUCCAUUACCAACUAUUUCACAACCACCUCUGCCUCCUCCCCAACCAGUAUUUAGUCAGGCUGUUGUUUCUAGUACUUCAACUUUGCCUCUUUCUACUCAUACAAGUAGGACAUCAACUUUGUCCUCUCAGGCAAAUUCUCAGCCCCCUGUACAGGUUUCUGUCAAGACUCAAAUAUCUGUGACAGCUGCUAUUCCACAUCUGAAAACUUCAACAUUGCCGCCUCUGCCCCUUCCACCCUUGUUACCUGGUGAUGAUGACAUGGAUAGUCCAAAAGAAACACUUCCUUCAAAACCUGCAAAGAAAGAGAAGGAACAGAGGACACGUCAUUUACUCACAGACCUCCCUCUUCCUCCAGAGCUCCCUGGUGGGGAUUCAUCUCCCCCAGACUCUCCAGAGCCAAAAGCAAUUACACCACCUCAGCAACCAUAUAAAAAGAGACCAAAAAUUUGUUGUCCUCGUUAUGGAGAAAGAAGACAAACAGAAAGUGAUUGGGGGAAACGCUGUGUGGACAAGUUUGACAUAAUUGGGAUUAUUGGAGAGGGAACCUAUGGCCAAGUAUAUAAAGCCAAGGACAAAGACACAGGAGAACUAGUAGCUCUGAAGAAGGUGAGACUAGACAAUGAGAAAGAAGGCUUCCCAAUUACAGCCAUUCGUGAGAUCAAAAUUCUUCGUCAGCUAAUCCACCGAAGCGUUGUUAACAUGAAGGAAAUUGUGACAGAUAAACAAGAUGCACUGGAUUUCAAGAAGGACAAAGGUGCUUUUUACCUUGUCUUUGAGUAUAUGGACCAUGAUUUAAUGGGACUGCUAGAAUCUGGUUUGGUGCACUUUUCUGAGGACCAUAUCAAAUCAUUCAUGAAACAGCUUAUGGAAGGAUUGGAUUACUGUCACAAAAAGAAUUUCCUGCAUCGAGAUAUUAAGUGUUCCAACAUUUUGCUGAACAACAGUGGGCAAAUCAAACUUGCAGACUUUGGACUUGCACGGCUCUAUAAUUCUGAAGAGAGUCGCCCUUACACAAAUAAAGUCAUUACUCUCUGGUACCGGCCUCCAGAGCUACUACUGGGAGAGGAACGUUAUACACCAGCCAUAGAUGUUUGGAGCUGCGGAUGCAUCCUUGGAGAACUGUUCACAAAGAAGCCUAUUUUUCAAGCCAAUCUGGAAUUGGCUCAGCUUGAACUGAUCAGUCGUCUCUGUGGUAGCCCUUGUCCAGCUGUGUGGCCUGAUGUUAUCAAGCUGCCCUAUUUUAAUACCAUGAAACCCAAGAAGCAAUAUAGAAGGCGCCUACGAGAAGAAUUCUCUUUCAUUCCUUCAGCAGCACUUGAUUUACUGGACCACAUGCUGACACUAGAUCCUAGCAAGCGUUGCACAGCUGAACAGACUCUACAGAGUGACUUCCUUAAAGAUGUGGAACUCAGCAAAAUGGCUCCCCCAGACCUCCCUCGCUGGCAGGAUUGCCAUGAAUUGUGGAGCAAGAAACGGCGACGACAGCGACAAAGUGGUGUUGUGGUAGAAGAGCCACCUCCACCCAAAGCCUCUCGCAAAGAAACUACCUCAGGGAUACCUGCUGAGCCUGUGAAGAACAGUAGCCCAGCACCACCCCAGCCAGCUCCUAGCAAAGUAGAGCCUGGGGCUGGGGAUGCAAUAGGCCUUGGUGACAUCACACAGCAGCUAAAUCAAAGUGAAUUGGCAGUGUUAUUAAAUCUGCUACAGAGCCAAACAGACCUGAGUAUCCCUCAGAUGGCACAGCUGCUUAACAUCCAUUCCAACCCAGAGAUGCAACAGCAGCUGGAAGCCCUGAACCAAUCCAUCAGUGCCCUGACGGAAGCCAGUUCUCAGCAGCAGAACUCAGAGUCCAUAGCCCCAGAGGAGUCUUUGAAGGAAGCACCCCCUGCACCAGUUGUCCUGCCUUCAGCAGAACAGACGACCCCUGAAGCUUCAAGCACACCAGCUGACAUGCAGAAUAUGUUGGCAGUUCUCUUGGGUCAGCUGGUGAAAACCCAGGAGCCAGCAGGCAACCUUGAGGAAAACAACAGUGACAAGAAUAGUGGGCCACAGGGGCCUCGAAGAACUCCCACAAUGCCACAGGAGGAGGCAGCAGAGAAGAGGCCCCCUGAACCCCCUGGACCUCCACCGCCGCCACCUCCACCCCCUCUGGUUGAAGGCGAUAUUUCCAGCGCCCCCCAGGAGUUGAACCCCGCCGUGACAGCCGCCUUGCUGCAACUUUUAUCCCAGCCUGAAGCAGAGCCUCCUGGCCACCUGCCACAUGAGCACCAGGCCUUGAGACCAAUGGAGUACUCCACUCGACCCCGUCCAAACAGGACUUACGGAAACACUGAUGGGCCCGAAACAGGGUUCAGUGCCACUGACACUGAUGAACGCAGCUCUGGUUCAGCCUUGACAGAAUCUUCUUUGGUCCAGACACUGGUGAAGAACAGGACCUUCUCAGGCUCUGUGAGCCACCUUGGGGAAUCCAGCAAUUACCAGGGCACAGGGUCAGUGCAGUUCCCAGGGGACCAGGACCUCCGUUUUGCCAGGGUCCCCUUAGCAUUACACUCAGUGGCUGGGCAACCAUUCCUGAAGGCUGAGGGAAACAGCAACUCUGUAGUACAUGCAGAGACUAAAUUACAAAACUAUGGGGAGCUGGGGCCAGGAACCACUGGGGCCAGCAGCUCAGGAGCAAGCCUUCACUGGGGGGCCCCAACUCAGUCUUCUGCUUAUGGAAAACUCUACCGGGGUUCUACAAGAGUCCCAUCACGAGGAGGGGGAAGAGGGAGAGGAGUUCCUUACUAACCCAGAGACUUCAUUGUCUUGAGAGAUUCCAUCUCUAUCCAUCUUUCCAUCCAGGCCUCUGAACCUUUAAUGAAAUCACUUGCCAGAGUGAGGUAAUCUGCAUUUGGCUACUGCAAAGCUGUCCAUUGUAUUCCUUGCUCACUUGCUGCUAGCAAGUGACUUAGAAUGUUGGCACCAGUUCUCCUGGGAUGGGCUAUAGCUAGAACAUUUACUUCAUAUCUACAUGCAGUAGAGAAUAUGGAGAGGGUCAUUAAAUUGAAAAGUAAAUGUUGCAUUAAUUAGCUUCUUCAGCAGAAGAGAGAAUAGAUUCCCUUUUGAGAUGGCUCAGGAGAAGCUUUCUUUGUUUUUUAAAGUUUUUUUUUUUUGUUUUUGUGGUUGGUUUCUUAUGAAUUUUAAUUUAGAUUUUCCCCUCGUCAAAAGAGAAUAGUGUUCACAGAAUUUGACCUGUUCUUAGGCUUUUGCUAGAAGUGAAACGAGUGGCCUGGCUGAUUUAAAUAAAGGUUUCCUUCCUCUCCACCAUGUCACAUUUUUUGCUUUUAAGUGAACACUCCCCCUUUACCCCUGUUGAGCAUCUUGAACAUACUUUUUUUCCAAAUAAAUCACUCAUGCUUAAAAUUUGCUCCACUUUGACAAAAGAUAUGCCUCUCUCCCUGCACGUUAAGCAGGUUAUAGAAAGUGGCAUUCUUGGGCAAGUAGGUAGACUUUACCCAGUUUCAUCCCUUUUUUUGUUUGUUUGCUUUUCUUUCCUUUACCUUUCUCCCCUCUCCUCCAUUCCUUCUUUUUUCCCCUCCUUCCUAUUUUCUCCCUCUCUCUCUUUGAGGCAUUUGUUUGGAAAAAAAAAUCACUGAGCUGCCCAAGAACCUGGAAUAAUAAUUAACCUUUUUUUUUUUUUAAUAAAGGAAAGGAAAUUCAAACUCCUACAUUGUUCUCUGUAACUCUUCAAUUCUAAAAUGUUUUGUUUUUUUAAAACCAUGUUCAGAUGGGGAAACUGAUUUGUAAAGUAUGGACAGCUUAGAAUAUUGCUACUGAGCUGUAGUUAGAAAUGAUGCCUCCAUUCCUAGAGGGCUUAUAAGAGCAGUUAUCAUAUUGUUUACACAUACUAUUUUUAUGUC